UUUUGUGACGUUUUUCUUAUCGUGUCGCCCUCGUCCUUCACGAUUACCUAAAUAACCUCAAAUGUUUAUAAGAUCAAUUUUUCCUAAAACUUUUUUAAAAAUUGAUUAUAAACGUAAUAUUAUACUAAGAUCUUGUUCGUCGCAUAAUUCUUUAUAAGAUGUUGACGUGAAGAAUUGUUCUAAAGGGCAACAUGUCUUAUAUAAAGGUGCUCCACUGCACUUUCUGCCUUAAGCAUGGAGUGGCCGGUAUAUCUACUAAGUCUGUGCUCAUGAAAAUAGGUAAUGGCACCUUAUCACAACAGCUGGUUAGAAUAUCAACAUCAAGCAGUUGGCAGAGCAAGCUCCCGCUCACAACGCAGAGUCAGACCGCAACUCCGGCGAAGAAGGCUAAGAAUGAGGACACCAGAGUGUGGAAGGAGACCCCUCAUGACAGGACCAAUAAUGUUGGCCAGUAUUGCAUGAUGCUGUCUAAGUUUAGAUUAACAUCUCUAGUAGUAAUGACAUCAAUGGCGGGCUACGCGCUAGCGCCGGCGCCGUUCAGUCCGACCACAUUCGCGCUGUGUGCCGCGGGCACGGGACUUGUCUCUGCCGCCGCUAACGCAGUCAAUCAGUACCAUGAAGUACCAUUCGACGCACAGAUGUCCAGGACCAAGAAUAGAGUGCUUGUCAAAGGACUUUUAGAGCCAAUACACGCAGUGAGUUUCGCUGCCGUCACUAGCACUACUGGUCUCAGCUUACUCUACUUCGGCGUCAACCCUUUGACAGCUGCCUUGGGCGCCGGCAACCUUAUACUUUAUACGUCUGUUUAUACGCCAAUGAAGAGGAUGUCCAUACUUAACACUUGGCUUGGAUCUGUGGUGGGCGCGAUCCCCCCUCUAAUGGGCUGGGCGGGCUGCACGGGCUCGCUGGACGCGGGCGCGCUGGUGCUGGGCGUUAUUCUCUACUCGUGGCAGUUCCCGCACUUCAACGCGCUGUCGUGGAACCUGCGGCCUGACUACUCUAGGGCCGGGUAUAGGAUGAUGGCUGUUACUGAUCCUGCAUUGUGCAGAAGAGUGGCCCUCCGGCACACUGGUGUGAUCACCGCGACUUGCCUCGCCUCUUCCUACCUCGGCGUCACCAACACGUGGUUCGCGUUGGAGUCACUGCCUCUCAACGUUUACUUUAUGUACUUAGCGUAUGAAUUCUACAAAAAAUCCGACAGCGGUAGUUCCAGAAAACUCUUCAGGUUCUCUCUAAUACACCUACCAGCCUUGAUGUUGCUAAUGUUAGUCAAUAAGAAGUACUGGAGCACUGGCGAAGGACAGGAUCAAAAGGACUCCAUAAAGAAUAUAGACGUCAAUAAAUUGCCGGGGAUCACGGUUAUACCACGAGGGCCGGUGGUAGCUGCCCAGGAAACGGACUUAGACAAAUAAGAACACGUUUUUUUUAGUGAGGUUAUGAAUUUGUAGAAGUUUUAUUUAUGUGGACGUUUUGCGAUGGCAAUGUCACAAUUAUGUAUAAACUUGCCAUCUGCCGUUGUGUUGGCACUACGGAAAGGGAUGGAUAGCUUAUUUUUUACAUGAUAAUAUGAGACUGUUAGUCACCACCAUCUUUAUAACAUCAUUAAUAUAAGGUCUACCUUAUGUAUUUGCAAUAAGGUUUACGAAUUACUAGUUACACGAUGGUGGAUUUUUUGAACUCCAUGAUACCAGACCAGAUGAGUUUGACCCAAACUACAAAAUUCCGUGUUCUGAAUAUAUUUAAUCUACAAAGCUGUAGACAAGUAUUUUUACUGUAAAUAAUGUAUAAUUAAUUAUGGAAUUUAGUGCGCUUGUGAUAAGUUAAUAAAUCAGUUGAGAUUUGUUAGACUAA